AUGUUUACGAGAAGCCGCGCAUCUUGCAGGUUUGGUGAUCAGAUCGCAUUUCAAUCGAUAAGUGGGGACUACCUCAGUGCAGAGGGCGACGAGAUCGGCACCCGCCGCUACUGUAGCACCUAUGAGCGCUUCUCCGUUGUCAAGCAGGACACGCAGUAUGCCUUUCGUGCAGCGUCAGGGAAGUUCCUGAGCGUGAGCGACCGGGCACCCUUCGUGACGCUGGGCGAUUCGCCUGGAGACACGGAAUCCUUCCAGCUCUUCUCGUUGAUGAUGUACGGCGUGAAUGUGGGGCAGCAGUUGGAUUUUCUCGACAGGCACGGCUGCGUGAUGAUCGACCACCUCCUGGACGACGACCAGCUCGGUAGCUUGCGGGACGUUGUGGUCGAGGAGAGCGCCCGCUUGGACCUCCCGCGCUCCCACGAAGUACGCCUGCGGGACCUGGCGGCCAAGUCGCCAGCCUUCGCGGAGCUAGCGACGCACCCGCUGGUGAUGCAGCUGGCAAGGCGGCUACUAAGUCCAGCCCUCCUCCUUUCUGAUGUGGAGAGUUGUCGGACAGACGUUGACUACGUGCGCAAAGAGUUAGAGGAAACAACCUGGCACGUGGUGCAUCCCUACAGCAGUGCCGAGUUUCCUGGUGUGGUUGAUCCCAGGAUCAACGUCACUGUCACAUGGUUUCUAGACCAGCUGGACACGGAGAACUCCACGUGGGCUUUCGUGAAGGCGCCGCUGGGAGAUGGCGGGCACUUGCCGCAGCUGCCCCAUCUCAGCUCCCCCGAGGAGCUACAGGCAGUUGCGCGCGGCGCCCAGCCGCUGCUGGCGAAGCCCGGCGCAGCAUGGUUGUGCAUUGGUCCAUACUGGAUGUCAAACAACGUCGGCGCUGCUUCCUUUUGGAAGGAUUACGAUGCGCAGACUCGCUACAAGCACCUCAGCGGACAGAAGGAGCAGUCCUUCCGAGCUCUGACGGACGCGCAGCGAGCUGCUCAGCCCAGAGAGGAGCUCUGCCCCACGGUGCUCCAGGCCACCUAUGUCCGCGAGCACGUGGCCACGCCGCUCGCGGCAGGGCCGGAGGCCUUAGCCCAGCUCGGCGAUGCUGGAAGGCAGCUCGCAGGCUUGCUUCGGGCAGCCUGA